GCGGGCAUCGGGUCACCAGGCAUCAGGUCAUUUGGCUCGACAGCGGGGGCACCGCGUCAUCUGGCAAGGCAGUGGGCUCCGAGUCAACUGGUAUGACCGCGGGCACUGGGUCAGACAUUGGAUCGUCUGACCGGACAGCGGGCAUCGGGUCACCAGGCAUCAAGUCAUUUGGCUCGACAGCGAGCACCGCGUCAUCUGGCAAGGCAGUGGGCUCCGAGUCAACUGGUAUGACCGCGGGCACAGGGUCAGACAUUGAAUCGUCUGGCUGGACAGCGGGCAUCGGGUCACCAGGCAUCAGGUCAUUUGGCUCGACAGCGGGCACCGCGUCAUCUGGCAAGGCAGUGGUCUCCGAGUCAACAGGCACGACAGUGGGCACCGGGUCAUCAGGUACCGGAUUGUCUGGCUCGACAGCGGGCAUCGGGUCAUCAGGCAUCAGGUCAUUUGGCUUGCCAGCGGGGCACCGCGUCAUCUGGCAAGGCAGUGGGCACCGAGUCACC